AAGGCCGGGGGUCCUGGACGCUCCAUCCGCCGGCGGCUCCGGGCCCCGCGGCAACCCCGAGGCCGUCCCGCACCGGGCAGGGGGCUCCGUGCCCGGGGCCGCUCCCCGCGGGCUCCGCUCGGCGCCCGGUGGCGGAGAACGAAGGUGCUGCCCCUGUGACGGCACCGUGGGACCAGCUCCCUCCUCCCGGCAGGGUGAUGCCAGCUUGAUCCAGAGCCAUGUCCAGGUACCUGAAGCACUUCACGGUGGUGGGCGACGACCCCGUGCAAUGGAGCAACGACUAUCGGAAAUGGGAGGAGGAGGAGGAGGAGGCUGGGGAGAAGCAGCCAGAUGGAGAGAUCAAGCUGGAGCCCCCCAGGAGACACAUCUCCUUCCAGUACAUGAUGAAAAAGCUCUUCAGCUCUCACAGGUUUCAGAUUGGGGUUGUCUGCUUGGUGAUCCUGGAUGCCUUGUUGGUUCUUGGGGAAUUGCUUAUGGAUUUGAAAAUCAUCCAUCCGGACAGAUAUAAUAUAACCCCAAAGGUUUUCCACUACCUCUCCCUGUCCAUUUUAACCAUCUUCCUGGUUGAGGUGGGGUUUAAAGUCUUUGUCUACCGCCGGGAGUUCUUCCACCACAAGUUCGAGGUGCUGGAUGGGAUCGUUGUGGUCGUGUCCUUCAUCCUCGACAUCGUCCUCAUCUUCCGCGAGCACGAGUUCGAGGCCGUGGGGCUCCUGAUCCUCCUGCGGCUCUGGAGGGUGGCCCGGAUCAUCAACGGAAUCAUUUUAUCGGUGAAGACCCGCUCGGAGCAGCAAUUGUCCAAGUUAAAGCAAGCAAACCUGAAGCUUGCCACGAGGGUGGAACAACUGGAACACAGCUGUUUGGAGAAGGAGCAAGAAAUCGAGAGGCUGAAUAACAUAUUGAAACAGCAUGGACUCCUCAGCCUGCAAAAAUAAGAGGCCAGUUUUCCAAGGUGGGAAUUCUGCUUGAAGAUUGCAGUUGGAAUCUGCCAGCUUGACCUGAAAGGUUUUUCUGUCUCUUUGCUUCCUCUUGUAUUGUGUUUUCUAUAAACAUUUUCUAUUUGACCCCGCUUUGAUCAGACCUUGGGAUGGCAAAAAUAGUUCUACUGGAAAAUUAAUCACACACAGUCCCUGUAAACAGUAUUUUUUUUUCUUUUCUUGUACAGUUGUACAGUCAAAACUGCAAAAUAAUUUAAUAAAGACACAUCUUUACAAGCUA